AACGCCAAGCUUUCCCGUCGUGGUGAAGAUCGGACACGCUCACUCCGGAAUGGGAAAGGUUAAAGUGGACAACGUGAGCGACUUCCAGGACAUUGCCAGCGUUGUGGCCAUCACUCAGACUUACUGCACCACGGAGCCUUUCAUCGACGCCAAGUACGACAUCAGGGUGCAGAAGAUCGGUGUCGACUAUAAGGCGUACAUGCGAACAUCCAUCUCUGGUAAUUGGAAGAGCAACACGGGCUCUGCCAUGUUGGAGCAAGUAGCCAUGACUGACAAGUACAAGCUGUGGGUGGAUACCUGCGCCGAGAUCUUUGGCGGCCUGGACAUUUGCGCCGUCAAGGCCAUUUGUGGCAAGGACGGCAAUGACUACAUCACUGAGGUGGUGGGCUCGUCUAUGCAGCUGGUUGGCGAUCACCAGGCGGAAGAUCGCCAGCUCAUCUCGGAAGUGGUGCUGGCUAAGAUGCACCAGGCCCUGGCAGCCAAGACGUCCGGUGCUUCCCGGUCACCCGCUCGCUCCCCUCAGGGCCAACAGAAGACAAGUGCUGCAGCGCCCCCACAGAGCGCCAGCAAUAAAGACGGACCGCCAGAUGCAAGCAAAACCGCAGGCCAGCGUCCUCAACCCCAAGGAGCAUCAGUCAAGCCGCAGGUUGCGGAGUCGUCUUCAGCGACAGUUAAGAAAUCUUCUGAGCCGCCAUCAAAGCCCAGCCAAGCCCAGAAACCGACCCAGAAACCAAGUCCGGUCCAGAAGGCGGCCUCGGUGACCAAGCCCCCAGUGCCAAGGCCUCCCCCCAUGACAAGAGCGCCAUCUGUCACAAAACCUGCUCCAGAUCCCAGCUCAGCUCCUUCCAAAGGUUCUUCAUCUUCCCCAGCUAAGUCGGCAGCACGUCCGGGUUCCCCCUCAGCUUCCUCGGCUCCCACCACAGAGCAGCCCAAGCCCCAGAUCCCGGGAUCGCCCACCGUAGCUCCCGGAAAACCAAAAGACCUGCCGCCCAAACCCACACCUCCCGCCAAGCCCAUCCCUCCCGUGCGCAGGAACUCCAAGCCCCAGCUGCAGCCAAAGCCCAAAACCCCGCCUCCUCCCAGAGCUUCACCCAAACCACAGACGACCGACCCGCAAAACCCGGAACCGGCUGAGACCUCGGACGACGCCUCUACCGCCAGCACCUCCCCUGCCCCGGCGCAGAUUCAGUCGCCGGCCAAAGCCAGCCCAUCCCCGCCUAGCGUCCAGUCUCCCGCGAAGGCCAAGGCCGCCUCUCCCUCCCAAAACCCUGAACCCGAAACAGCCGCCGAGGCCCAAGAGGAUCAAGCAGCAUCCCAGCCAAAAAGCCAUCCUCUGCUCAAUAAGUCCCAGUCACUGACCAAUGCCUUCAACGCCUUCAGCGACUCUUCCUUCUUCCGCGGAGUCUCCAGCUCCGGCGCCGGCGACGGCCAAGAGGAGGCCAAGGCCGAGACCAUUCGCAACCUCCGAAAGUCCUUCGCCAGCCUUUUCUCUGACUAGAACCCCCUCGCCCCGGCCCCUAUAACACCGUAUAGCUUCUGGCUCCUCAUCACCCCUUUCUCUUUCUAUGUUGACCAACCAUGAUUGACAUUUCAAUGUGAAGCAGUCUGAGAUGUGCGUGUUAAAUUUAAACGUUCUCUGGUCCCUCUUCUCCUUCUUCAUGCCAGCUUCUGGGUAGGAUGUUCCGUGCAUGCAGCUGUACCAGGAUAGGUGGAAUGAGAGAGUUAUGUCGCUGAUAAACACUUAAAUAGAAUAUAAUGAUAGCAUAGGAUACACAAGAGAGUAUAUUUAUUUUCCCACUGCACACUUAAUUGUUGAAACUAUAUUUAAAAAAGAAAAAAAGCAUACAGUGGAACCUCCAAGGUGGAACACCCUAAAAUUGGUACAAUUUGAUGAAAAAUAUGCAAAAGAAGAAGUGAUGCUAACCAUAAAAUAUGAAAUGGAACUUGGAUUAGCGUAGGAACCGGGUAGGAAAGUGUCUGUAUUAAUUAAAGACAAAUUGGAUUCACUAUUUCCAAGUUGAUAAAAACAGCCACAAAGCUCAAGAUAGUAAUGCAGUGCCAGCAGUAGCCAUAAAUCACCACCGGGUGUCAGUAUCGCUCUGCAAUCAUCUCAAUUGUCAAUCAUUUUUAAAGCAUACCAUAUUUUUCGGACUAUAAGUCGCAGGUUUUUUUCAUAGUUUGGCCGGGGGUGCGACUUAUACUCAGGAGCGACUUAUGUGUGAAAUUAUUAACUCAUUACCGUAAAAUAUAAAAUAAUAUUAUUUAGCUCAUUCACGUAAGAGACUAGACGUAUAAGAUUUCAUGGGAUUUAGCGGUUAGGAGUGACAGAUUGUUUGGUAA